UUUGUGCCCGGCGCGCGCUCUCUGCCCGCUCCGGCUGCAGCGCCCGCUGCAUCAAUAAUUCAGAGCGGCGGCGGCGGCGGCAGCGGCGAGUGCGGACAGGAGGCGGCGGCAACAGCGGGGACCAGGCAGCAGAGGCUAUGCAUCCAAGUGCGGCUGGGCGGCCGCGGCACCCCUGAGGCCCGGGCGGGGCUCCGGGUGCACCGCGCAAGGGGACGUUUGUCCUGGAGUCCGAGGGAGAGGCGUAGCGGCCCGGGAGGCGUCGGAGGAGCUGUACACAGAGCUGAGGAGGGGGCUUCGGAGCAGGGCUGGGGAGGGGGGCGGCUGGCGUUGGCAGCCCCCGGGGUGGGGGGCGGGGUGGGCGCCGGCGGCGCGAUGCUGGGCGUCGUGGAGCUGCUGCUGUUGGGGGCUGUGUGGCUGGCAGGCCCAGCCCGCGGGCAAAAUGAGACAGAGCCCAUCGUGCUGGAGGGCAAGUGUCUGGUGGUGUGUGACUCCAACCCCACGUCUGACCCUACGGGCACUGCUCUGGGCAUCUCCGUGCGCUCGGGCAGCGCCAAGGUGGCUUUCUCUGCCAUCAGGAGCACCAACCAUGAGCCGUCCGAGAUGAGUAAUCGCACCAUGAUCAUCUACUUCGACCAGGUACUAGUGAACAUCGGGAACAACUUUGACUCAGAACGGAGCACUUUCAUCGCCCCGCGCAAAGGGAUCUACAGUUUUAACUUCCACGUGGUGAAAGUCUACAACAGACAGACCAUCCAGGUGAGCCUCAUGUUGAACGGGUGGCCGGUGAUUUCAGCUUUCGCCGGUGACCAAGACGUGACCCGCGAGGCCGCCAGCAACGGCGUCCUCAUCCAGAUGGAGAAAGGCGACCGAGCAUACCUCAAGCUGGAGCGGGGGAACCUGAUGGGGGGCUGGAAGUACUCAACCUUUUCUGGAUUCCUCGUGUUUCCCCUCUGACUGGCUCGUAACGGGAAUGGAGGCAGGAGAAAGGCAGGAGGGGAGUGAGAAAGAGGCCGAAAAUUACCAGGGCGAGGAAGCGGCGCCACCGGAAACUUCCUACGUGUUCCUAGCUACGACUGGGUACAAAGGUGCGCGCCGCCCGCGGUCCAGCUUCGUCCGCUCCCUUACUAAGAGAAGUAAAUUUCGCUUAGCUCUGCACACUCUUAUUUCCAAAAAUAAACUCGCCUCCCCCAAGCCAGUCGCAGUAAUCGAGGAAGAGACUGCCUUGUUUGUCAUUGUUCCUUACCCACGUCCAUGUCCCCAACAAUUAACGAAGUAAUGUGAAAUGUUUCUCCCGACACCCCCCCUCCGCCCCGAACCCUGCCACUUACUGAAACUUAGUAUGCCCCCCCCCAGUUUGAAGAGGGGAUCAGUUUGUUUUCUGUUUCUGUUUUUGAAUGGGGCAGGUAGUUUUAAUAUAACAGGUUUUGCUCUUCAAACACCGCGCGAGUUAAGCUGUGGAGACAUGUCCUCAGCUGCUUGUUAGCGGAGGAAGGACUCGCCUUCGUGGUGACUGGUUUAACUAUACAUAAAUAUGUAUCAUUUGUACACGAAGAACUCUUACGGGUGGACGCUGGCUGUAUUCCGUAUUUCUGUCCUGUUCGGAGUGAUCGUGAAAUCUAAGGCUGCUUGGUGUUUGUUUUCUGAUGCUUGUCAAUGCCCCGUGUUCUGUGGCUCCACCAAACGCCAAGGAGGUUCUUCGGGACGCUUCCUCUCCCUCUGUAACAUAUGUGUGAAUAGCGAAAAUUUAAUUUUGCUUUAAUCCAAUAAAGUCAAAGUGGGACUUUUAUUUUUCUGAAACAGCUUUCUAAACUUCGCGUUUUCCGGGUUGCGAGGUUGAGGGCUUGGGCUGCCCAAGACGGGCAGAGAAGCAGGAGACUUGGAAGAUGCAACCAGAGAGGCCCGAGCACAAGGGGAGUUCUGCAUUUCCUCCCGCAGCAGGCCCGUUGUGCCUUCCUGGUGCCCCCUGCUUUGAAGGAACGUGAGAAAUCAGACCGAAAUCCUGCAGGGCGUGACUGAGGGCCUGGAAGCAUUGUUGUCCACCCUCAAUUACAAAUGCAUCAGGAAUUAUUCCCAGUUCUAGGGCCCGAACCCGCCUGCCCUGUCCUCGCGCCUACUGUUCCUGGAUGUCUCCAGCUCUAUCCGCUUCGCAGCUCCAGAAGCACCUUAUAUUUUGUACCAGCGCCUCUGAACCCGAGGUCCUCCCGCCAAACAACCCGGGCUCUCAGACCUGCGAUUGCGCUCCUUCGCAGGACUUUAAAGGGGUUCGUCCAGAAGUUUUGAUUGUAUCGAAACGUAAUGUGAAAGCAAAAUUGAAAUAAACGACUUCGUUUUAAGUCUGGAACGCUGA